AACGGCGGUCGGGUGUUUUACAACAAUCACCUCUUGGAAUGGACUAUUCAUGAAGAGGAAAAAAUAAAAAGUCUCGAUGACCCGCUGUCAUUUAUUCAGAUCGUAAUUCAUAAAAUCGGCCAACAACGUUUGGCUUUUUGAUCAUCAGUGUCCAUCACAUGUCAGCCUAUGAAAAGGCGCGUGGCUGACGGCGAAUCUCAGCAUCCUCAUCAUCAUGCUGCGAUGCUACGCUAUGCCUGCAGCAGGCUUGUCGGUAAACAGAGAAAGGUAGCGCAUGGGCAGCCAGUAGGGAAUUAUUCCACAUCACAACCCUGAGCGUUCAUGGCGUCCUCCUCACACACACACAAAUGAUGCAUUUUCUCCCCAGGAGGGAGAGUAGCGGCAUCCGGAUGCUAUUUUGCACUCUUUUGAAACGGGCAAUUAAGAGCCUAUAUGUUUCUGCAUUCGUUGGCAGAGGGUGAGACACGCUGAUGGGUUUCUAAGGUAAAGCUGUUUCUCGGCUUCAAGACGAUGGAUGGGCAUAUCCGAAUCCAUUAUUGCAACAUCGGCGACCGGCGCAGAUGUUCAUUUGAUAUGAAUUCACCCAAUGCGGAAUAUAACGGUGUCUUUGAACAAAACAAGGAUCCAGAGGGGAAAUGAAAAGAAAGGUCUAUUUUGAUUCACGCUUGUCGAGAUGGAGACAUCACUGAGAAUUCCCAUAUGCUCCAGAUCAGGCAAUCUUCGUUAGAUGCCGCAUCAUUGUUCUUCACUACCACAGCAAAGCAUCUCCUCCGCUACCAGCUGUGGCCAAGAGCGCUAUCAUUUUCCUAAGAGCAUUGAAAGAGAAAGGAGUGUGAUCCCAGCGUUGUUCCAAUGUAGAAUUGUUUUCCCUCAGAGCCCUUGAGCAUCCGGUCUCGCUUGGAUUUCCUCACAAAGUCAAAUCCACCAGGACAGAGUAUGACAUCUGCACCUUUCCAUAGGAUUCUACGACCCCUUUUGCUCGGCACAUUUCUACUAGGAUGCUUUGUGACUCUGUUUUUGAUGUACUUUAAACCAUCCACGAGCUGGCUUUCCGGUCCCGUAGAGUCCACAGCAUCCACAGAGCACGGGAAGACCCUCUUCUCCACCAAGAGCGACAAGAACCUGACCAUCGUUCUGGUCUGGCUCUGGCCCUUCGGACAGACGUAUGACCUCACUGUGUGCAGCUCCCUGUUCAACAUCGAGGGCUGCCUCAUCACAGCGGACAGGAACCUCUACAACAAGUCCGAUGGCGUGGUCGUUCACCACAGGGACAUCUGCACGGACAUGUCCAACCUGCCCCCCUUCCAGAGGCCAUCCUUCCAGAAGUGGGUAUGGAUGAACCUGGAGUCCCCCUCUCACUCCUCCCAGAUCCCGGGCAUCGAGAACCUGUUCAACCUCACCCUCAACUACCGACAGGACGCUGACAUUGAAGUGCCUUAUGGAUCCAUCGUGGCGGUGGAGGGAGAGGAGGACUUUGUUCCACCGAGCAAAAGCAAGCUGAUCUGUUGGAUCGUGAGCAACUGGAACCCGGACCACGUGCGGGUUAAGUACUACAACGAGUUGUACAAACACAUCGAGGUUCACGCAUACGGGCAGGCCUUCGGAGAGUACAUCGCCGACCAAGACUACUAUCCCACCAUCGCCAGCUGCAAGUUCUACUUGUCAUUUGAGAACUCAAUUCAUAAGGACUACAUCACUGAGAAACUCUACAACCCACUUUCCGUAGGCACAGUGCCAGUGGUUCUUGGCCCCGCGAGGCAGAACUAUGAAAACUUUGUCCAGGGAGAUGCAUUCAUCCACGUGGAUGACUUCACUUCACCUAAAGAGCUGGCAGACUACCUGCUACUUUUGGAUAAGAACGAGGAGAUGUAUCUCAGGUACUUUGAAUGGCGGCGGCACUUUAAAGUGAAGAAGGCCUAUUUCUGGGCAGAGCACACAUGCCUGGCUUGUGAUUACCUGCGAAGGCAUAAAGAAUACAAGGCGGUGAACAACCUUGACAAAUGGUACUGGGGUGGAUAAGGCUUGCAAGGGGCUAUGCAGUCCCAUUUCCUUAUGCUCUGUUCUCUAGGCCCUUCGUUCCAUCUCCUCAGGGUCCUCACAUUUAAGUGCAGCGACUCCUUUUAUUUCUAUUUGUGCUGUCGUCAAAAUUGGACAUUAUUUCCACACUGUUUGUAGGCUUGCCUUUCUUUGCCUUUUUCUUGAUUCUUAUCUGCUUAAUUUAUGACUUUCAUUAAUUUUUUAAUUGAUCUCAAAACGCAUGCGUUUUUUUGUCAUACUCUUUGAUAUCAUAUUUUGCACUUGAUUUCAGAACAUAUUUGCUGCUAUUUUGUGGCAUGCUUAAUUGCUGUUAUUAUUAUCGUGCAGUGCUUGAUUGGAUGUAUGUACUCGUACAAUCUGGUUAAUGUUUAUGUGGAAAAAUUACAUGACACAAAUUUAAUUUCCAUCAUGUGGUGCAUACUGGAACUCUUAAUUAAUCUGUGAGAGAACAGUGUUAUAUGAACAUGUUAAAAUAUAGCAUAACUAUUUAUUAAACGGAGGGCAUGAUAAGAUAAGACCAGUCUUGUCCGUGAUAUUGACCCAGUCAUUUAUCAAGUCUUUACUGAGCCCCAACGUGGAAGUUUAGUUCAAUUGUGUCAUCACAUGUGAAAUGUACAUAUACAUACUGUGUAAUUUUGAAUCUAUCAAAACAGUUGUCUCUUCCAUAGACUUUUUUUUAUGCUGUUGACGGACUGCAUUUGCAAUGUGAAACCCAGGGGACAGAGGAAUAAUCAAAGAUCUAUUUAAAAACACCAGAUGGGGACACAGUCAUGUAGGUCCACUGACGUGUGUGCAUAUCCCAUGUAAGGCAAGUUUGGAUGGUUUCCACAUGGAGGGUGGGAGGGAAAAAUCCCUCCACAAAAGUUAGGGAGUAGGGUCAAAAGUAUAUGUUGUGUUAUGGAUCAGUGGUGAGAACAAAGACAGGUCAAAGAGUACAAGUUAAACAUCACAAAUCAGGAAUGUUUUGAUUUUGCAGAUCUUGGGGUUGCUUUGUUCAGCCUCUGUAUCCUGAUUGAAAUGUUGUCAUGUUUUUAUUAUGAGUUCAGAUUGUGAUGAGGGGACCAAGGGGGUGUGAACACAAAAAGGCUGUCGUAUCAUGCAGCUGAAAGGCAUCACGAUUGAAUCGGGAUGAAUUAGUAGAAGAUGUGGAAGGUAGAAUACACUGUAUUGAUGGUAUUUGACUAUAAUGGUAAAACAUAAUCAUCAUGCUUUCAGAAGUUGUCGAACAUUCCGGCCCCUUCUAUCGCUGUGUAUUCCAAAUAAUAUUUCAUGUUUUUUUUCUUGAAGUGAAGAUCAGUGUCAGUGAAUUAAUGACGUCAUUCUGUAUUCCUGUUUGCAUCCAUGUUUACAGUCGGGCAUGAGCGCCAACCAACCUGAGCUAUCUUGAAGCUUGACAACACAGUAUCAUAUUAUACGCAGACACACACAACAAGGACCUUUUCAACCUUACCCAAAAGCAUCUAGUCUGCUGAACAAUGCAACAAUGAGCAAGCAACUCUCUAUGGCUGCAAUAUUCCUGCGAGAGCUGUCCGAAACCCUGUCAUGAGUUCUUAUGCAAGAAGAGCCACAAUCAAAGGCUUCUCCGUUAAAGUAGUCAAACUUGUUUCAGGUUCAUGUGGCAGAAAAUGUAACCUUAGUUUGUGAAGAUUUGUUAUGGUCCAGAAGCAUAUAUGUUAAGCAGAUGGACCAUUACUUGCUGAAAAACAAAUAAUACCGCAUUGGUUGAAUCUGGGAAUUGUAAGGCCACAUUAGAAAGGUAGAAAUACUAACAAGAAGACUGUGGCCUUUUAAGGGAGAGCGAAAGAGAAAGAAUGUCUCACCAUAUGGCCAUGUGUGCUGGAUGUACUACAGUGUGCAUGUACAUCAUAGGGAUAUACAUCCAUAAGGAUAUAAAUCAGUAGCUAUAUACAGUUCAUGAAUUAAUGAUGUGAAGAAGAACCUACAUUUGCAUUCGUUCUUUACAUAAUGUGCUUUAGAUUUACAUAUCGACCAGUAGGUUAUUCAACGGUUAUGCAACGAUCAAUUGGAUAUACGAGUGAUAUCACCUUAUAUUGAAUAAAGCAUUUAUGAUAUUGAUACGGUUAUAUUUUCUUCCAUAGGUUAUUUUCAUUUGUAUCAGUAGUAUUUUAUCACUUUCCAAGGGACCAUUAAUGUAAAUUAGGGGGUGACUUGAAAUAUUUUUCUUAUGUAUAAUGGAUGAGGUUCAGAGCUUAAUAACGAAUCCUGUAUAUAAGACAUGUCUAAAGGAAAGUAGCCCACUAACAUAGGUCAUUUCUGUACAUUUAGCAGACUUGGGAACCUCCUACGGUGUUUCCAUUGUAAAAAAAAUUGUUAACAAAUUGUUAAUAAACUAUGUGUUGUAUAUAUUUCUAGUCGUAAAAUCUCUUUCUAACACACAGGUGGCUGAAUGUCUUUUCAAUCUCCCCGGCCAUCAUUUAAGGAUCUGGUGCUUUGAGAGGUUGUAAUAUAUGGCAAAAAGAUAGAAAGGGGGGGGCAUUAGUGCUACACAGACUAAGGUUUUUUGUUUUAGAGGUGGACACUCCUUCAAAUUAGGCUAUUUUACCGCAAAGGAUUAGAGGCAUUGGUUUUGGAUUAGGUCACUAUCCCUUUGCAUGGCCUAACUGCAGUAGUCCUGCUGAAAUGCAGCAAAAAUAUAGCACUUUUAUCAUCCGUGUGAACUGUGUGACUCAUUCUUCUUGUGUCUCAGACGGAGCUAUUCCUAAAUUCAAAAGUUGUCCCUCCAGACAUUGGCAAUCCCAGAGUGUGUUAUGAUCAUAUUGUACAGUCCUUUAACAUGUAUGGAGUACAACGUUUAUUGUUACUGUGAUAACAGUGAUUUAGCAAAGUAACAAGUUUGGUUUUCUCUUUCUAGUCUAUUCUCUUCUGUUAUUUUAUUUUUGAAGACAAAGAAAGAAGUGGUGUCCUCUGGUCCUCUGAUUACAGAGUAGGCCUAUGCAAGUGUGUUUUGUUGCUAGAUGGUCAGGGUCAUAUGAUUGGUAUACGAUAUUGGGUGUUAUCGGUAGAUUUGAUGUUGUAUGACCUGGCAGCUGUGCUGGUAUAGCCUUAAAACACCUAAUGUUUUAUUUAACACAAAAAAACAUCUUAAGCAUUGCCCACAUUUGUUGUCAGGUGACUGAAUUUAUGACUGAAUUGAUGAAGUACAAUUCAUUUUGCCGAAUCAUUGUAUUUUGCCAAAUGUUGUGUUUUAACUAUAAAUGUCUGAUUGUGUCGAAGAAAAAUAAAUAUAUGAUCAAAUCUGCGAAAAAA